AAACAAUCCAGAAACUCAAAAAUGACACUCUUUGAAUAAUUAGGAGGUGAAGCCGCUGUCACAGCUGUUACAGCAUAAUUUUAUGCUAACAUCCAAGCUGAUGCCACUGUUGCCAAUUUCUUCAAUGGAAUCAACAUGGCUGACUAAACAAACAAGACAGCAUCAUUUUUAUGUGCUGCUCUUGGAGGACCAAAGGCAUGGGGAGGCAGAGUACUAAUUUUAUGUUAAUAUUUAUUAGAACUUGAAGGAAGUUCAUGCCAACAUGGGAGUCACAAAUGCCCAAUUCACAACAGUCAUUGGACACUUGAGAAGUGCAUUGACCUCUGCUGGUGUUGCUGCUGAUUUGGUUGAAUAAACCGUCGCUGUUGCAGAAACAGUUAGAGGAGACGUCGUCACAGCCUGAUUUAUAUAAUAUAUCAUGCACAAAUAUCAAAUACCAUCUAAAAUAUC